AUGGCUGCGAAACCGUGGUACAUUCCCGAGGAUGCUAUCACCAACUGGUCCGCUGGUCCACUUGCAGCCGGCGGGUAUGGCGAGGUCUAUACGGCAUCAUAUUAUGGCGCAACUGUCGCCGUCAAGCAGCUCUAUCGCAACAACAACCCGAACGAGCUUGUCGAGUUCAACCGUGAGAUUGACAUCUGGCACGGACUCAGUCACCCACACAUUCUCCAACUCCUUGGUGCUUGCGACACUGCAGUCAAGCCUUUCAUGGUCUCGCCGUUCGUGCCCAACGGCACCCUCCACAGCCACUUCUCAACCGCCCCAGCUCCACGCUCCAUCGCCGAGAAGAUCCGGCUCCUGUACCAAGUCGCCUCUGGCAUGGCAUACCUGCAUGCCAACAACAUUGUCCAUGGCGAUCUCAAGUCUCUCAAUGUGCUGCUCGAUAGUGCCUUCAAUGCAGUUGUGGCCGACUUUGGCAUGUCCAGAACCAAGCACAACUCGGCCACGAUGAACCGCACUCGUCGCAGCCAGCCAGUCGGCGGCACACUCAGCUAUAUGGCACCCGAGAUGCUGGACGAUGAGCAACCCGCCGGAUCUUCAAAAUCCACGGAUGUCUAUGCGUUUAGCAUCAUCAUUUAUGAAGUGAUGAACAAUUGCCGACCGGUAUGGGUCACUGUCGAUGGCCAGCCAAUGAGGGAAAGGAUCAUCGAGGCCCAAGUCGUCAAAGGAAACCGACCCAAGCCGGUGGAAGGCAUCCCCGACGACAUCUGGGCCCUGAUCGAACGCUGCUGGCACCAGGAGCCCGGCCAGAGACCCAAGUUUCCCGAGAUCCUC